AUGGCUUCUCGCAUCUUAACUGCGCUUUGUGCGCUGACCCUGGGCCACCAGGCCCUGGCUUUCCCUCAAUGGAUGAACUUGGCACCACGUGCCUCUACUUCUGUCUCGAGCUGGUUGUCCACCGAGACCAGUAUCGCCUUGCAGAGUAUUCUCGACAAUAUUGGAUCUGCUGGCGAGUAUGCCACCACUGUGGACUCCGGCAUUGUGAUUGCUAGUCCUAGUCUUGAUAGUCCCGAUUACUACUAUACCUGGACUCGUGACUCAGCCUUGACACUGAAGUGUCUGGUUGAUUUGUUCAGAAAUGGCGACACGUCCCUUCUGCCCAUCAUCGAGGAAUACAUUGAUGCCCAGGCCUACAUUCAGACAGUCUCCAACCCCUCUGGCUCUCUUUCUGGGGGUGCUGGACUGGGUGAGCCCAAGUUCAACAUUGAUGAAACUGCCUACACUGGAUCCUGGGGACGUCCCCAGCGUGAUGGUCCUGCUCUUCGGGCCACUGCGCUGAUUUCCUUUGGUCAAUGGUUGGUGAGUAACGGUUAUACCACCACUGCCACGAACAUCGUCUGGCCUAUUGUGCGAAACGAUCUGUCCUAUGUGGCUGAGUACUGGAACCAAACUGGUUAUGAUCUAUGGGAGGAAGUGAGUGGUUCAUCCUUCUUCACUAUUGCUGUCCAGCACCGUGCUCUGGUGGAGGGCAGCAAGUUCGCCGCCUUGGUGGGCUCUUCUUGCACAUACUGCGACUCCCAAGCCCCACAAGUCCUUUGCUUCCUCCAGUCUUUCUGGACCGGAUCAUACAUCUUGGCCAACUUCGGUAGCAGUCGUACGGGCAAGGACUCCAACACUCUCCUGGGUAGCAUCCACACCUUUGAUCCCCAAGCAGCUUGCGAUAGCACUACUUUCCAGCCCUGCUCCUCUCGUGCGCUGGCAAAUCACAAAGUCUUGACUGACUCUUUCCGAUCCGUUUACACUCUCAACUCUGGCAUCGCUGAGGGAACAGCCGUAGCAGUCGGUCGCUACCCUGAGGAUUCCUACUACAACGGAAACCCCUGGUUCCUCUGCACCUUGGCUGCCGCUGAGCUUCUGUACGAUGCCUUGUACCAGUGGAACAACAUCGGCUCCUUGACUAUCGACAGUACCUCCCUGGCGUUCUUCACCGAUCUGUACAGCUCUGCCGCGACGGGCACUUAUUCCUCCUCUAGUGCGACGUACUCAUCGAUUGUCAGUGCUGUGAAGACCUACGCAGAUGGAUACGUUGCCAUUGUGGAGACAUGGGCUUCAAGCAACGGAUCCAUGUCGGAGCAGUUCUCCAAGACUACUGGCGCGCAGCUUUCCGCUCGCGACCUGACCUGGUCCUACGCCGCUUUGUUGACCGCAAACAACCGCCGUAACUCCGUUGUCCCCGCACCCUGGGGCGAAACCUCUGCCAGCAGUGUCCCAGCUACCUGCAGUUCGACCUCGGCCAUCGGCACCUUCAGCUCUGCGACCAACACCGCCUGGCCCACUGCUUUGACCAGUGUGUCCGGUUCUACCACUGCCACUUCUGCCACUGGCACUGGCACCGUCAGCACUACCGCCUCAACCACCAAGACCACAACAAGCUCGACUACCUCCUCCUGCAGUACUCCGACCUCGGUCGCUGUGACCUUUGAUCUGAUCGCAACAACCUAUUACGGCGAGAACGUCAAGAUUGCCGGCUCUAUCUCGGCCCUCGGUGAUUGGGACACGAGUGAUGCUGUGGCUCUCAGUGCCGCCGAUUAUACCUCUAGCGAUAAUCUGUGGUUCGUGACUGUGGAUCUUCCUGCUGGAACCGUUUUCCAGUACAAGUACAUCCGUAUUGAAAGCGAUGGAGACAUUGAGUGGGAGAGUGACCCCAACCGCUCUUACACUGUCCCAGCCGCUUGUGCCACCACCGCUGUCACUGAGAGUGACACUUGGCGUUGA